AUGAAGUUUUUGUGUUUGCCAGGCGCCUAUGGAAGCAUUGAAAAGUUUAGAGUCCAGUUGGCUCCUCUUACCAAAGAGCUCGAGUCUGACGAGACUGCCAGUUUUCAUUUCAUCCAAGGCCCUUAUGAGGUACCUCCGCCUGUAGGGUACGAGGAUUUCUUUGGCGGAGCCCCCUAUUAUCGCUUCAUCGUCCCUGCCGAUGCCGAUGCUGAUACAACCGAUGUGAUCGAGCGUAUUCGCGACUUUCCGCAGCUAGAAACACCAGAAAUGACAAUGCGGGAGCUAAUGACUUAUGGAGUGGCGAAAACGGACGACAGCGCCAGAUGUACGUUGGAGUAUCUCUAUAGAAUAAUGGAGAAUGAAGGCCCAUUCGAUGGGAUUGUGGGAUACUCAGAGGGCUCUACGAUUGCAGGAACAUUAUUACUACACGAGAAGAUGAGGGAGAGGGAUGAAGGACGAGAACCCAUGUUAAAAUGCGCAUUGUUCUUUGGUGGCUGGCCACCAAUGACCCCUACGCUGGAUGGUCUUGUGCUUGCGGACGAGAGCGAAUUGAUGAUUGAAGUCCCUAGCUGCCACAUAAUUGGCUCACUAGACCCUUACCUUCACGGAAACAUCGCACUUUACAACGUGUGUGACCCAGACACAGCAUUCAUUUUCGACCAUGCGAAGGGACAUACUUUGCCGCGAGACAAGCAUAUGGUUAAAGAGCUGGGCGAUACCGUUCGUCGUAUGAUUGAUGAAGUCAAUGGUGGUGGUUCUGUUUAUUGA